GCGGCUUCUCUCCGGCCCAAGAUGCUGGGCUUCCACCCGCCUCCCAGGAGGAGGCCGCGGGCCGGACGCCCAGAUGCUUUCUCUUGCUGGACCACUCCUGACCUGCCUGCUCCGUCACCCUGCACCGCAGCGGCCCUUCAGGACCGUUAAAUGCCGUCCGGGCCCCGAUGCUGGAGGGCUGAUCGCACGGUUUUGCCUUAGGUACUUGCCGGGGACGCCGGACCGUCAGGGCUCCCAGCCAUGCCGCAGCUGGCCCUGCUCCAGCUGGACCGCCCCAGACCCGAGGGGGAGCCGCUGCCGUUUCUGUCCUCCGUGCCCCCCCAGCGACGGCUGACCCCGCAUCCCUGACACUGGACGUCUCCCGCAGCCCCAGAAGGAGCUGUGUCCUGGGUCGGCCAGGCUGCCGCUGGCCGUGAGGGCUGGCCCUGGACUAUGCCGUCCAAGCUGGCCAGCCUGGGGCACUCAGAGGCCGCCGCCCAGCAGCCCACCAGCCAGGGGCGUCUGCAGCCUGAGGGCAGAAUGCUGAAGGGGCAGCUUCCAAACACUGAUGAAGACCUUGCCGCCCGCCCGGGUUCCCCGGCUGCCGACGACCGUCGGGGACCCGAGAAGAGUCCGGCGCUCCCUCUGGACACCCCAGCACAGGUCGGCACCGAGGAUGCACAGGUCAGGGCAAGACCCUUCACCCCGAAGCCACCGCCGCAGAGGCCCAGGCUGGAGCGAGCACUGUCCCUGGAUGAGAAGGGCUGGAGGAAGAGGCGUUUUCGAACCAGCCGCGAGGACCUGGCCGUGCAGAAUGGGGCCAGCCCCUCCGGGGGCUCCCUGCAGGAUGAGGCCCCCGGGACCCCCGCCCGCACUGGCUCCCCACCCUGCCUGAGCACCUCCCUGCAGGAGAUCCCCACGACCCGCAGGGCCCCGGGCAGCGGGGGCCCCUCCUCGUGGGGUAACUGUCUUUCCGGAAUGAUCAGCACUUCCCUGGACCUCCUGCACCGAGAUGGGGCCUCGGCCGGGAGCCCCCCCAGGCUGGCCGGCCUGCGCCCCCCGCGCCCGCUGCCCGCCGUGGACAAGAACGUGGCCUCCGACGCGCUGCGGACGGCCAGCAAGGUGGACUCGGACCACGUGGACUACAGGCUCCGCCUGCAGGCCAGGUUGUUCCGGGCCCACAGCAGCCUGGGCCCCGGCCGGCCCCCGAGCCCCCUGGCCUGCGACGACUGCUCCCUUCACUCGGCCAGGUCCACCUUCAGCCUCCUGGCGCCUAUCCGCGCCAAGGACGUCCGGAGCAGGAGCUACCUGGAGGGGAGUCUCCUGGCGAGUGGGGCCCUGAUGGGGGCAGACGAGCUGGCCCGCUACUUCCCUGACCGGAACCUGGGCCUCUUCGUGGCCACGUGGAACAUGCAGGGCCAGAAGGAGCUGCCCCCGAACCUGGACGAGCUGCUGCUGCCGGCCGAGGCCGACCUCGCCCAGGACCUGUACGUCGUGGGGGUCCAGGAGGGCUGCUCCGACAGGCGGGAGUGGGAGACACGGCUGCAGGAGACGCUGGGCCCCCACUACGUCAUGCUGUACUCCGCGGCCCACGGCGCGCUCUACAUGUCCGUGCUCAUCCGCAGGGACCUCAUCUGGUUCUGCUCAGAGGUGGAGAGCUCCACGGUGACCACGCGCAUCGUGUCGCAGAUCAAAACCAAGGGGGCCCUGGGCGUCAGCUUCACCUUCUUCGGCACCUCCCUCCUCUUCAUCACGUCCCACUUCACCUCUGGAGAUGGGAAGGUGGGCGAGCGGCUGGUGGACUACAGCAAGACUGUCCAGGGCCUGGCCCUGCCCAAGAACGUGCCGGACACCAGCCCCUACCGCUCCGACGCCGCGGAUGUCACCACCCGCUUCGACGGGGUCUUCUGGUUCGGAGACUUCAACUUCCGCCUGAGCGGCGGGCGGGCAGCCGUGGAGGCCAUCCUGAAGCAGGACCUGGGCGCCAGCGUGCAGGCCCUGCUGCAGCGCGACCAGCUCACCCGGGAGAUGAAGAGAGGGUCCAUCUUCAAGGGCUUCCAGGAGCCGGACAUCCGCUUCCUGCCGUCAUACAAGUUCGAUGUCGGGAAGGACUCGUAUGACAGCACCUCUAAGCAGAGGACCCCGUCCUACACGGACCGCGUCGUGUACAGGAGCCGUCACAAGGAUGACAUCUGCCCCGUCAAGUACUCCUCCUGCCCGGGGAUCAGGACCUCUGACCACCGCCCCGUGUAUGGCCUGUUUCGGGUCAGAGUGAGGCCGGGCAGAGACAACAUCCCGCUAGCCGCCGGCAAGUUUGACCGAGAACUGUACCUGAUAGGGAUAAAGAGACGGAUUUCCAGAGAGAUCCAGAGACAGCAGGCGCUGAAGAGCCAGCACUCCAGCGCCAUCUGUACCAUCUCUUGAGGGUCUGCCCGAGGAGGACGGGCCACCUGCAGCCCGGGGCGGGGUAUUGACCCGGGACCCCGGGAAGAUGGAGGCGGCUGCUGGCUGGGCCGCGAUGCACCGCCGCUGGGGGCGGCCCCCUCCUCCACAAGAGCCUGACGGGAGGCCCCAGGUACGGCGCCCGCUCCCGGGGACAGAACCCCACAUCCCCAGCUGUCGCCACGGAGCUGUCCUCUCUCUGGGCGGACCGAGAAGGGCCGACACUGGCCUCUGCACACCGCGUUCGCUGUGGGUGGCACACCUGCGAGCAGGGCUGGCCGUGAGCAGCAAGCGCCCUGAAGCCAGCAGCAGAGCGCGCCCCCCCAAGGCCCAGCACCCUGACCUCCUUUAUGGUUUGCACGUCCAGAUCCACCCAUCCCAGCAGCCCCUCAGACCCAAACCAAGAGCUGCCCUUCCUCUGUCUGAGCGCCGGGAGCCCAGCAGGGGGGUGGGGCCUCUGUCCCCACGGCAGGCGCGAGGACCAAGCUGAGGCUGGGACCAGGAGGGCCAGCCAGCAGUUCAGGCCCACAAAACCGCCUCCCUCUCCUUUCCCCGUCCAUUUGGGUCCAUUUGCUUAGGUAACACCAAACAGCAUUAAUGUAAGUGGUGAGUAUCCUGGUCUGAGAAGCCGCUGGAAGCCUGGAAUGUCACCUCCUUGCCAGCCUCAGCCGGCCCCCAGCAGCCUGGAUGUCUUUUAUCUUAAAGGGUUUAGAGCCCAUCGUUGCUUUGUCUUAACCCAUCUCUUAAAAAAAAUGGUAGGACAUCUAGGGGCAUCCAGUCUAUCUUUUAAAUUAUUUAUU